AUGGAGAUGUGUGAGUAUUUGGCUAAUCAUUUUCCAGAUUUAUUGGAGAUAAGGGACAAUGACGGAUUGACAGUGUUACAUUCAGCUUGCUGUGAGGGAAGUGUGGUAAUUGUCUCUUUUCUUAUAGAGAAAGGGAUGGAUUUCAAUGCCUUGUCAAAUGGUGGUAAAACUAUCUUGCAUAUAGCUUGUCUCAAUGGAAAGAUUGAAGUUUGUGAGUACUUAGUUAAUAAUUAUCCCCAUCUAUUAGAGGUCAAGGACAAAUCUAGUAACACAGUGUUACAUGCUGCAGCCUGGAGAAGUAAUGUUCAAAUAGUAAAACUACUGAUUGAGAAAAAGAUGGAUGUCAAUACAAUACAGGAAGAUGGUGAAACAAUUUUACAUCAAUGUUGUCGCUCUGGUAAAAUGGAGAUGUGUGAGUAUUUGGUCAAUCAUUUUCCAGAGUUAUUGGAGAUAAAGGACACUGAGGGGUGGACAGUGUUACAUUCAGCUUGCAGCGGAGGAAGUGUAGAAAUUGUGUCUUUUCUACUCAAUAAAGGAUUAGAUACCAAUGCUUUGUCAAAUAAUGGGAAAAAUAUUCUCCAUAGAGCCUGUCUCAAUGGAAAGUUUGAAGUUUAUAAAUACUUAGUUGAGAAUUAUCCCCAACUUUUAGAUGCCAGAGACAAAUGUAGUAAUACAGUGUUGCAUGAUGCAGCCCGAGAAGGAAAUGUUAAAAAAGUAAAAUUACUGAUUGAGAAGAAAAUGAACAUCUUUUCCCGACAGGAAGACGGUGAAACAAUUUUACAUCAAUGUUGUCGUUCUGGUAAAAUGAGGAUGUGUGAGUAUUUGGUCAACCAUUUUCCAGAUUUUUUGGGGAUAAGGGACAAUAGAGGAUGGACAGUUUUACAUUCUGCCUGCUGGGGAGGAAGUGUAGAAAUAGUGAUUUUUCUACUUAAUAAAGGAUUAGACAACAAUGCCUUGUCGAAUGAUGGUAAAACUAUCUUGCAUAUAGCUUGUCUAAAUGGGAAGUUUGAAAUUUGUGAGUACUUAAUUGAGAAUUAUCCCCAUCUAUUAGCGAUGAAAGACAAAUCUAGUAACAAAGUGUUGCAUGACGCAGCCUUGGGAGGCAAUGUUCAAAUAGCAAAACUAUUGAUUGAGAAAAAGAUGGACGUCAGUGCCAAACGGGAAAAUGGUGAAACAAUUUUACAUCUGUGCUGUCGUUCUGGUAAAAUGGAGAUGUGUGAACAUUUGGUCAAUCAUUUUCCAGAUUUAUUGAAGUUAAAGGACACUAAGGGGAGGACAGUGUUACAUUCAGCUUGCGGGGGAGGAAUUGUUGAAAUUGUUUCCUUUCUUAUUGAAAAAGGAAUGGACAUUAAUACCUUGUCAAAUUAUGGUAAAUCUAUCUUGCAUAUAGCAUGUCUCAAUGGGAAGUUUGAAGUUUGUGAGUACUUAGUUGAGAAUUAUCCCCAUCUAUUAGACGUCAAAGACAAAUCUAGUAACACAGUGUUGCAUGAUGCAGCCUGGGGAGGCAAUGUUCAAAUAGUAAAACUAUUGAUUGAGAAAAAGAUGGACAUCAAUGCCCUACAGGAAAAAGGUGAAUCAAUUUUACAUCACUGUUGUUGUUCUGGUAAAGUGGAGAUGUGUGAGUAUUUGGUCAAUCACUUUUCAGAGUUGAUGAAGAUAAGAGACAACAAAGGAUGGACAGCGUUACAUUCAGCUUGCAGUGGGGGAAGUUUAGACAUAGUAUCUUUUCUAUUAAACAAAGGAUUAGACAUCAAUGCGUUGUCAAAUGUUGGUGAAAGUGUACUACAUGUUGCUUGUCUGAAUAGUAAACAUGAUGUUUGUAGGUAUUUAUCAACGAAUUAUCCAGACUUGUUAGCAGUAAAAGAUAAUCAAGGUAAAUCAGUGAUAGACAUUGCCGCUGAACAAGGUGAUAUAGACCUGAUUCAUAUUCUGAGAGAACGGCGCCAUUAG